AUGACCUUCGAUGAUUUUGGGAAGGGCUCGUCCUGCAUGGUCUCCCCCAGCAGCCCCACGGUUACCCCACUGGCUGCGCAGCAUCACCUCCAGCUCCUGCAGCUCCAGCUGCAGCAGCAGCAGACGCAGACGCAGGUGGCCGUUGCACAGCUGCAGCUCCUGAAGGACCAGAUGUCUGCCGAGACGGCGGCCCGGAUCGAGGCCCAGGCCCGGGUACACCAGCUGCUGCUGCAGAACCGGGAACUUCUGCAGCAUGUGGCACAGCUGGUCCAGCAGCUCAAAGACCUGGAGGUCAAAGCUCAUCGAAGGAGCCCCAUCGAGCAGGAGUCCAUAUGGAAGUCUGUGUCGGUGCAGUCCUUCUCGCUCAACCUGAAGAACCACUUCAGCCUGUUGAAGGAUCAGCCUGUUACAUCGACCCCGGCCGGACAGCCUGGGGUGUCCGUCCCGCUAGAGCUUGGAGCCGAGUCCUACGUCAACCUCCUCAACCUGGAGACUCCCAUGGAGGGCAAAGGUCAGACCAACGGAGAAAGCGGAGAUAACGGCCGGAUUGCGGGCCUGUCUGACGUGCUGGAAAGCGAGAUCGACACCAAAACUCAGAUCCUCAGGACAGUGACUGAGCGGUAA